CCCAGCACUGAGGUGCCAGCUGUGUUCCUGACCCCUGAAUAAAUCAGGGCCACACAGAGCCUGGCAGGGCUCUGGACACAUUUCCUGUCACUGCCUAGGGAAGCAAGGGAGUCUGGUGGGGACUUUUGAUUGUUCGGGGAUGAGGGCUCAGGCGAGAAGGGAGGGCACACAUGGUGGUAGAAAGGGCUGUAGAGGGCGGUGACUCCAGAGGCAGAUCCCGUGCCCUCAGGCAAGCCAGAGGACUUGGGAGCAGCUGUGUGCCCACAGUCUGCAGGAUGAGGCCAGCACUUGCCCUGUGCCUCCUCUGUCCUGCGUUCUGGCCAGAGCCAGGGAGUACCGAGCACCCCACUGCUGAUCGCGCUGCUUGUUUGGACUUGGGGGCUUGCUACAGCCUGCACCACGCCACCAUCAAGCGAAGGGCCGCUGAGGAGGCCUGCAGUCUGCGCGGCGGGACUCUAAGCACGGUGCACUCAGGCUCUGAGCUGCUUGCAGUCCUAGCACUCUUACGCGCAGGUCCCGGACCAGGCGGAGGCUCCAAAGACCUUCUUUUCUGGGUGGCUCUGGAGCGCGGCCGUGCCCACUGCACUCUGGAAAGAGAACCUUUGAGGGGUUUCUCCUGGCUGUACCCCGACGCGGGAGACGCAGAGGACAACACACUGCCGUGGGUGGAGGAGCCACAACUUUCCUGUGCUGUACGAAAGUGCGCUGCGCUCCAGGCCACAGGGGGAGUGGAGCCUGCAGGCUGGAAGGAGAUGCGCUGCCGCCUGCGCGCUGAUGGCUACCUGUGCAAGUACCAGUUUGAGGCUCUGUGCCCCGCGCCACGCCCGGGAGCCGCUUCUAACUUGAGUUUCCAAGCUCCGUUCAGGCUGAGCAGCUCUGCGCUGGACUUCAGCCCUCCUGGGACCGAGGUGAGUGCGAUGUGUUCCGGGGAGCUCUCUGUCCAGGCCACCUGCAUUCAGGAAGAGACAGGAGCACGCUGGGAUGGACUUUUCCCUGGAUCAGUGCUCUGCCCCUGCUCUGGGAGGUACCUCCUUGCUGGCAAAUGCGUGGAGCUCCCUGAAUGCCUAGACCACUUGGGAAACUUCAUUUGCGAAUGUGCCUCGGGCUUUGAGCUAGGGAAGGACAGACGCUCUUGUGAGGCCGAAAGGAAAGCACAGCCAACCCUUCAGGGGACCAGUCUGCCCACCAGGACUCUAUCAACCACUCCAGAGAGCCCUCUGAGAAACACAACAUGGCCAGGCCGAGUCCCUGAGAAGCUAGGAGAGAUGCCCCAGGUCAACGGACAAGACAAUUUUGGGACUUCUGUUGCUGAGAUUCUUCACUGGGGAACACCGAGUACUUUAUCUACUCAAAAGUCCUUACACACCAAACCAAAAGUCACAGUCACGCCAUCAGAAAGCGUGGUCUCAACGUUGAACUACAUGUCUUCCCCCUCUGUUUCCCCAACUUUCGACACCUCCUCCACGGUGGUCUUCAUACUUGUGAGCAUAGCCGUAAUAGUGUUGGUAAUCUUAACCAUGACAGUGCUGGGACUUUUCAAACUCUGCUUCCACAAGAGCCUUUCCUCCAGGACAAGGAAGACAGCUUUGGGUUCACGGGGUGUGGAAAGUGAUACUGAGGCCACUGCUUUGCGCCACAAUUCUGCACAUUGCACUGACACUGGAGUGAAGGUUGGGGACUGUAGCCUGCGGGGCCCAGCUGAGGGUGCUUCACUGGCUGGGUCCUCUCUUGGCUCAGGGGACACUUAGGGGGAAAGCUCAAUACAUACGCACAUCUUGUGUAGGCUUAUACAGUUCCAAUAAACGGGGAAAGAAAAAACUUCUGCAAUGAUUCUUGCAGAAGUUUCCCUUCUCAUAAGUUCUCUUUAUUCCACUAAGGAGCUAGAACUAAUAGGCAUACUCAUUCCCUGAGCAUGAAGGAGGUGGAGGCCUUAGGCUGGUCUGGGAGGACUGGGUGGAUGAUAGGAGGAGGCGUUUUCCUCCGUCCUGGGGGAGUUUGGAGAAUUGCUCAAGUAUUUCCAGUAUUGGAAGCAAAUAAAUAACAUUAUAGUUUUGGAACGUUUAUUUUCUUCAAAACGAGAAGGAAAUAUAUCUAUUAUUCAGGCUAAGAAUAUACUAGCUUGAAAAUUUCAAACAAAUAAUAAAGCAUUGCUGAGAACCUAGACUGAAAUGUGUUUGACUUUUUGCAAAGGAGGAUAUUUAGGAGUGCGACAUGUUGAGGAUAGCAAAUGGCUACUGGGUAUACUGUGAAGAGACACAU